AUGGGCUUCUCAAACUUUUUUGAAAGCCAGAAAACCACGGCUACCGUGUCGGCGGACCCUGAGGCUAGCGACUCUGAGCCUUCAGUCAUUCACGAGGGCGAUCUCGCGUACACACGCGUCAAAGGCGGCAAUGGCUCUAAACCUUCGUAUCAAGAAGCUGUCGGUGCACCUGUUGAAUCGCACUCGCCACUUGGAUACAACGUCGGUUGGCUUACGGUUAUCUUCCUCAAUGUCAACAUGAUGAUUGGAACUGGUAUCUUCUCUACGCCUUCGAGUAUCCUUAACCGUGCUGGGUCUGUCGGUCUGGCGCUGAUCAUCUGGUUCAUCGGCUUCAUCAUGGCUGCGUCUGGUUUCAGUGUUUACCUGGAAUUAGCGAGUUACUUUCCUAAUCGCAGUGGUUCAGAGGUUGUGUAUCUUGAGCAGGCGUAUCCUCGGCCUAAGCACUUCUUCCCCGUCACCUUUGCUGUCCAGUCGGUCAUUCUGUCUUUCAGCAGUAGCAAUGCCGUCGUUCUGUCCAAGUACCUUUGGCGAAUGACCGGCGAUACCCCCUCCGAAUGGCAGAUGCGAGGUGUCGCUAUUGCAGCUUAUACCCUUGCUGUCAUCUUUGUCAUCGCUCAUAACAAGUACUCCCUUUGGCUGGUCAACUUCAUCGGCGCCUUGAAGAUCCUCACCCUCGUCUUCAUCAGUAUCGCAGGUCUGGUCGUCCUCGGCGGCAACGUCAAGCGCAUCCCCGACCCCGGCCAUAACUUCCGCGACGCCUUCGCCGGUGCGACCCCCAACGGAAACGAUCUAGCCAGUGCCCUCGUCAGUAUCGUCUUCUCAUACGCCGGAUACUGGAACGCCUUCAACGUCGUCAACGAGAUCCAAAACCCCAUUCCCACGCUUAAGAGAAACGGUACAGUCUCGCUCACCGUCGUCGCCGUGUUGUAUAUGCUGUGCAAUAUCGCAUACUUCGCUGUCGUUCCCAAGGAGGAGUUCGCCGAGGCUAGUGAGAUUGCCGCAUCAGUCUUCUUCACCAAGCUCUUUGGCGAUAGCAAGUCUGCUGCCAAUGUCCUCAACUUUCUUGUACUGCUGAGUGCCUUUGGUAACCUUCUUGCUGUGCUGAUUGGUUCUGCUCGUAUGCUCCGUGAGAUUGGUCGACAGGGCGUUCUGCCUUAUACCAACUUCUGGGUCUCGACUAAGCCUUUUGGUACUCCAAUUGGUCCUUACAUCCUCAAGUGGGUGUUGACUUUCAUCAUGAUUGUUGCGCCUUCAGCUGGCGAUGCUUUCACUUUCGUUGUUAGUUUGGGCACGUACCCCGAUGCCAUGUUCAGGUUUGCCAUGGUUUUUGGUCUCUAUGUGCUCCGCCGUCGUCGGUCAAAGGCCGGUAUUGGUCGCUCUGACUUCAGAGCUUGGCAUGCUCCUGUAAUCUUCUACCUCCUGGUCCAGGUCUUCAUCCUCGUCAUGCCUUGGUACCCUCCCAAGGGCGGCCCAUAUGCUGGUGAUGUCAGCUUCUGGUAUGCGACAUACUGUGUCGUCGGUAUUGCAAUUGUCCUUGUUUGUGCCCUUUACUAUGUUGUUUGGAUGUUCCUGUUGCCCAAAUGGAAGGGAUAUGCUAUUCGCACCGAGAUCACUAAUGUCGACGACAAUGGAGCCAACACCCACCGACUGGUUAGAGUUCCCUAUGCUGAUCUUCCUCGAUGGGACGAAGAACAUGACGAAGCUGGAAACCUUCGCCAGCGAACAACUGUUGUGGCUCCGAGCUCCGAGGGCUCCAUCAAGGCGUAA